GGACCCAUUCACUAGGAACCUCACCUUCAUGCUAUGGAUGGACUUUCCGCUGACAGUGAUAAGUAAGCUAAGCUGGAUUAUGGGAGAGAGGUGAGACAAGAUGGCCUCUUGGCCUGGAGACAUCUUCGUCAUCUACAGGUGAGCCUGCCCCAUUGUGUCCUGUGGGCUAGCAACCACUGCCUCCCUCCCCCAUGCUUUGGUUUCUAAAUGUUUCCACAGGCAAGAGUGACUUAAAAACAAAAACCCCAUAGCACACAGCCAGGUUUCUCACAUACAUCAGCGGGGUCCACUCUCCAGAAAUGUGGUCAGUGUAAACACUCUGGUAGGUAGUCCUUGGUUCUCACCCACUUCUUCUGCACCCAUCCUUCCGGUAAGUCUGUCGAGGCUAAGUUCCCUAAAUGAUGCAACACAGGAAGCCAGCUGGAAGAAGCCCCCAACUGUGUCCUUGAUGAGUCCUCGAUGGGAAGACAGGACAGUGGCAACUCACUACCUGACCCUUUUCACGGGGAGAGCCAGACUUCUGAUUUGAGGCCAGGAUCUGCCCACGUAUGGAUGUGCAAGCUGGCGUCUCGAUCAACGAUGACCAUCUCACGUGAUCUUUUCCAGGAGAAAGAUGUUAUAGGCACAUGAGGGUAAUGCCUUUCCUCAAAAUGUCCUAAGGAUAUUUUGGCGGAGACCGUCUAGACAGGGAGCAUGGGGGACACGGACUGGGUAGAGAAGAGGAGUCCCGGAAUUCGGAGCUGAGGACGGGAGACAGCAGAAAGAAGGGAGUAGAAAUCCUUUCAUUUUCAGCCACACGAAUGAACCCAGAGGACACUACGCUAAGUGAGAUCAGUCGGACACAGGACAAACAAUACUGACACCAUUAUAUGAAGAUGAAACUGUCCUAUAUUUCGACUUAGGCAUUAGUUACAUGACUCUGUACGUUUAUCACAACUCACACAGAACUAAACAGGAAAUGAGUGGAUUUUACUAUAUGUAAAUAAGAAAGCAAAUGGAAUAUAUUCAACCACAAAAUCAAGAAAUAAGAACAAAAGGUAAGAUGGGGGGAGAUUUCCUCACAGAAUGUAAGCCACAACAUGAAUUGGUGUAACAUUUCAUUUUCAAAAAUUGUUUAGACUUUUUGGGGGGAAGUGAACACACUUUGAAUUUUAAACUAUUUAACAUUUUAAUAUUUAAUUUCUGCCUUAUAACAGAUUAAAGGAAUAUACUGAUGUAAAAAACAGAACAUUUUUACCUAAAGAAUAGCAUUUUGUUGAAACAACAUAACAAAGCUUUGGAGAUGAUCAUGUUAUCAUUCCAUUCUGAUGACACUAACAAACACAUGGCCACCAAACAGAGGGGAGCCAAGGCUAAACACAUAUUUUUUAAAUGAUUCUAAGGUUUCUGCUCUGUACCCAGGGCAUAAUGUCCGCAUUUCAGAUUUUAGAAGAGGACCCUGAAAUGAAUGGGUUUCAGGUGGGGCAGACAAUUGUCGGAGGAUCUAGUUAGACCACAGAUAUGAUCAGAUGUGUCUUUACACCUCAGGGUCAGAGGUAGAGGGAAAACGGAACCUUUUCUUGUUAAAAAAAAAAAAAAGAAAGAAAGAAAGAAAACGGAAAAGAAAAAGCACCAGUCAGUGUGAGAGUCCCACGGCAGUUAGUGCUCGGCUUUACCCACCACAUCCUGCGCCUCCUCUGGGGUUGCCGGCCUCAGCCUCCGCAUUCCCCUCGCGAAUCGAGGCUAUGACCUCCACACUCACUGCCGUGCUCUGCCUUGGUGAGUCCCCUCCGAGCGGGAGACGGGACCCAGGGGUUUGGGCAUGGGCGGAGCGGCGUGGCUCAUGCGGCUGUCUUCCAGGGCUGUCUCUGGGCCAGACCAUCGGCACCCAGACGCAGAUUCUUUCAAAACCCAUCAUCUGGGCCAAGCCCGGUCUCAUGGUCCCGAAGGGAAAGCCAGCGCAGAUCUUAUGCCAGGGGCUCCCCGGGGCUGCUGAGUACCAGCUGUAUUUCGAGGGACGCCUCUCUGCCUGGCAGAGCCCGAGCCGGACGAGAGGAAGGACCACAGCCUCGUUCCCCAUCUCGGCCAUGACGCUGCUCACCGCAGGGGAGUACAGGUGCACUUACCGAAGUGGGGAGCUCUGGUCAAGUCCCAGUGACCCUCUGGACCUGGUGGUGACAGAACUGUAUGACACACCCACCCUCUCUGUUCACCCCGGGCCGGAGGUCAGCUCAGGGGACAAUGUGACCUUCUCCUGCCGGCUAGAGACUGCAACAAACAUGUUCCUUCUGCUCAAGGAGGGCGGACCCGGCCGCCCGCAGCCCAGAUACGGGGACACCCAGGUGGAGUUUCGCGUGGGCCCUGUGACCACAGCCCACAGGGGGACAUACAGAUGCUUUGGCUCCUAUAACAACCAUGCCUGGUCUUUCCCCAGUGAGCCUGUGGAGCUCCUGGUCACAGGUGACGCUGGGGACACCAGCCUUGCACCCACAGAAUACACCUCCUUUUCUGGCUCUUGGGACCCCUACCUGUUAACCACGGACACAGCGGUCCAGCAAGACUCUGUCCUCUGGAAUCACACUGCCCAGAAUCUCCUUCGGAUGGGUCUGGUUUUCCUGGUCCUUGUGGUGCUCGGGUACCUCCUGGCUGAAGACUGGCUUUGCAGGAGGAGAAGGCAAGAGGGAGCCCACAGGGCUUCGAGUCAGGAACGCGGGAGAAGAUUCAGGACACAGUGACCCCUGGACAAAUGACCAAGGGCUGGACUGGCUACAGAUAGAGCUGAAAGCUGACCUUGACCUUGGGCUAUGUGAGCUCAGUGUUGUGCCCGUGGAGGGAGGUUCUCUGCAAGACAAUGCGUUGGGUUUGGCAAAGCUUCCUGGGGGAGGCGGGAGGUGGGUUGCAGAUGUUAAAUUUCUCCUGCAGACAGAUCAUAUUGUCUCUUCUGGGGUCUAAGCAUUUUUGUGCCUGCCUAAUGCAAACCAAAAUUCUAACCUCACUGGCCUUCCCAAAAAAUAUUUCCUUCGUUAACAGCAUGGCUGCGGAAUAUUGCUGGAAAGCUUUGGUCUUUAUCCACAUUUCUUCUUUCCUUCGCUGCAACAUGCCAUCCAAGAUAUUUAACAAGCAGUACAGAAUAGGCAUUUGUGACUGGCCCAGCUAUCUGAGUGUGUCCUGGCUGGGUCUCAGCCUUGGCCCAACUCCUCUGCCCCUACGCCACCACACGUUCUGUCUUCUUCGCUUCUUUAUCCGUACUUUGCCUUGUUCCUCAGGGCUCCUCCAAGAAAGUUCUCCAGACCCUCCAGCUUGACUUGAGAUAUCACUCCAUGCCCCCAAAGCACCUAUUUUUUUCUCUAGAACAGCACUGGGACUGUCCCCUUGCAUAUGUAUCCAUUUUCCUGUCUCUACAGUGAACUCUUGCAAAUUAAGUCCAUGACAGAUUUGAUGGCUGUGCUCACAGCUCCCGCACUAAGAGAGUCCUCAGAAAACACACGUCAGAUCAAUGGAUAGAUAAAUGAGGCUGUCGCACAAGCUUAGACUUGAGAUUGCUGAGUACGGUCCUUGAAAUGCUGUCCAGACACUUUGUUCCUUGAGGAUUUCUCCUUGACCAAACCAUUAAUAUAAAUAUUUUAUGGGUCCCUGCCGCCCUCAAGAUUAUCACACCUCACAUGGGUCAAAUCCAUUCUAUUAAUCUUGGGUUUCCUGUCAUAUAUCAGAGAACGCCAUUUCCAACCUCAAAAGGGUAACAUGAAUAUUUAAUGAGAUAAAGAAUAUCAAGAUUA